AUGGCUAGCACGGAGAAGCGCGUCGACGGUGCCCACGCUGGCGCUGCCGAAUUCCACAACAUUCAUCCUCCGCAUUAUGGCAUGUCGACUGGGAAGUACUUGGCUACCCGAUUCACUUCGUUGAAGCCGCCCAUGACCAAGGCGCCGAAUCCCAUUGCUUUGCUGCGAAAGCUCAAUCGUCAAAACUGGGCCUUCUUUGCUAUCGCAUUCUUCGCUUGGGUACAUGCCUUCGAUUUCUUCACCGUGUCGCUGACAGUCUCCGAAUUGGCCGAGACAUUUGACAAAUCGAACACCGACAUUACCUGGGGAAUCACCCUCGUCCUGAUGUUUCGGUCAGUCGGCUCGGUUCUCUUCGGUAUUGCCGCCGAUCGAUAUGGUCGAAAGUGGCCCUUUAUUGUCAACAAUAUACUUUUCAUCAUUCUUGAACUUGGAACUGGAUUUUGCCAAACCUAUGGCCAAUUCCUGGCUUGUCGUGCCCUUUUUGGGAUUGCCAUGGGUGGUCUCUACGGCAACGCAGCCGCUACAGCGUUGGAAGAUCUCCCGGUCGAAAGUCGUGGCCUCAUGUCGGGCAUCCUGCAACAAGGAUACGCCUUCGGAUACCUUCUCGCGACUGCAUUUGCCAGGGCCCUCGUCGACACAACAUCACACGGAUGGCGACCUCUGUUUUGGUUCGGAGCUUGUCCGCCAGUGCUAAUCAUCCUUUUCCGUCUCAUGUUACCCGAGACCAAGACCUACAAUCAUCAUCAGGAGGUUCGUAAGGCUCAGGGCAGCAUCGGCAAGACAUUUUUGAAGGAAGGCAAGGUGGCAUUAAAGCGCCAUUGGAUUCUCCUCACUUACCUGGUUCUUCUCAUGGCCGGAUUCAACUUCAUGUCCCAUGGAUCUCAAGAUCUGUACCCGACAAUGCUCUCCAACCAGUACAACUUCACGCACGACCAAGUCACCGUCACGCAAAUUGUCGCCAAUCUCGGCGCCAUGAUCGGCGGCACCGUCGUCGGUUUCAGCUCCCAGAUCUUCGGCCGCAGACUAAGCAUUAUCGUCAUGUGCGUCAUCGGCGGCGCCCUUCUGUAUCCCUACACCUUCGUUCCCAACAUGAACAUUGUCGCCUCCGCCUUCUUCGAACAAUUCUGCGUCCAGGGCGCAUGGGGCGUCAUCCCCAUCCACCUAAUGGAGCUAUCCCCGGGCGCAUUCCGCACCUUCGUUGUCGGCACCAGUUACCAGCUCGGUAACCUGGUCUCGUCCGCCAGCUCCACCAUCGAAGCUACAAUUGGUGAGCGCUUCCCGCUGCCGCCCAAGGGCAAGACGGAGCGGUUUGAGUACGGGAUGGUGAUCUGUAUAUUCAUGGGCUGCGUAUAUGCGUAUGUUAUCGUGUUAACCCUAUUGGGACCGGAGCAUUUGAGCAGGUCGUUCGAUGUGGAGGAUGAUGAGGAUAUGGCCGAGGUGGCCGGCAGGGCAGCCGCCUCUGAUGGUGGGAGGGAAAGGUCUAGAUCGGUUAGUGACGAUGGAGAUGUGGAGAAGGGAAGGGCGAGGGAGACUGAGAGAGCUUAG